AUGAAAGUAUGUUGGCCUAGCUGCCACGCGAACUCGGUUUUGCUGCGAGUGGACGACACGGGGGUGUUUAGCAUGGUCGCGACCUCAGGGUCGUUGGCGAGUUCGUGCCUGGUGUGCGCAGUGGACUCGCGCGCUCGCGAAGGGAGUCUCGCAGCGAGCGCUGAUGCUGGUUGGGCGUCACUCAUGCGCUUGCGACUGGUGGUUCGCUGCGAACGAGCGCGGGUCUUCUUUCGCUCAGGGUCGCGCGCACGUGAACGGUCGUUCACAGCGAGUGGCGCACUGUCUCUCGUGGACGGGUCUCACAGGUCGUCUCUGGCGCUCGCGGACCAAGUUUCGCAACGAGGGUCCGGCUGCUCAUGGGCCAUGUCGCGCGCUCGCGAACAACAUUUCACGGCGAGUGGGCUACAAGCUGGUCGUCCCCGCACCCUGGCUGCCCUCCCCAUUGUCGACGUCAAGAUCUUCAAUGUCCUCGAUUUUGGCGCCAAACCCGGAAAACAACAAAAAAGCACCCAGGCUUUUAUGGAUACAUGGAGAGCGGCGUGUGACUAUGUGGGCCAUGCCGCAAAGAUGGUGAUCCCGCCUGGAGUUUACAAACUGGGCCAAGUCCUGUUCCAGGGCCCAUGCAAGAGCCAGAAUCCCGUCGUUAUUCUGCUGCAGGGGACAGUGCAGGCUCUGUCCGACAUGUCAGCUUAUCCCGACCAAGGGUGGAUUAUGUUCGACGAGAUCAACGGCCUUGUUUUCACUGGCGGUGGCACGAUCGACGGUCAGGGCCAGAACGUGUGGGAGUACAACGACUGCAAGACAAACCCGAGCUGCACCCAUCUGCCAGCUACGAUAUACAUGAGCAAAGUGCAGAACGCGAAGGUGAAGGGGAUAAGCAUUGUGAACAGCAUGGGUUUCAACAUGCACGUCACGGAGAGUUACCUCGUCCGACUCCAUACGCUCACAAUCGACAACCCGGCAGACUCGCCCAACACCGACGGCCUCCACAUCAGCAAAUCCAACACCAUAAAGGUCUCCCGAAGCAUCAUCAGGACAGGGGACGACUGUGUCUCGGUCGGCCAAGGAUCCACCAACAUCACGAUCAACAAACUCACAUGUGGGCCCGGCCACGGCAUCAGCGUUGGGAGCCUUGGAAAGGUGCCAAACGAAAUGGACGUGAAAGGGCUCAUUGUGAAGAACAGCACGUUGAUAGGCACGACAAAUGGCGUCAGGAUCAAGACAUGGCCAGGCUCACCCCCAAGCACUGCAUCUGGCAUGCUCUUCAAGGACAUUGUCAUGGUAAACGUAAAGAACCCCAUCGUCAUCAACCAGAACUAUGGGUCGACCUCCACAAAGCCGUCUCAAGUGAAAAUCAGAGAUAUAAUCUACCAAAACAUCAUAGGGACGACAAUAUCACCGGUUGCAAUCAACUUAAUGUGCAGCUCAUCCGUACCGUGCCAAAACGUGCGGUUUCAGAACAUUAACCUGAAGCACAUAAGCAACGAGAAACUUUCGUCCACCUCGGAUGUGAAGGUGAAACUGGAGGUCGACCGGCAGAAGAACCGGCUGCAUGCUGUCGACGGCUUUGCGGAUGCCCAACGGGCAGCCGAGAAGGGGAAUCUCGAAGAGGCACGCGCGAUUCUGUCGAGCACAAGGUCAUCUGUUUCGGCCUCGGCGUCGGGCCAGGCGGGAGAUGGGCUCUUGCUGCAGCUUGAGGCGGAAAUGAGAGAGACUGAGGAGAAAAUGGGUUCUACGAGGACGUACGAUCAGCUGGGCCGGGCCUAUGCCCUGUCGAGUAUGAGUGCCCACGCGAUUCAGAGGGCCUCUACCAGGUCUGGUACUUCUGGGGAUGCCUAUGUGACCCCUAAUAUGGCUAAUAUGGUGAGCAAGUGUCAUCAAGUCGUCAAGAUUGAACAUGUUAAGAAGGAAGAAGAUUAG